UUCCGCAUAUUUUAGACGUCAUACGGCAGGUCGCAUACGGCCCACCAGCUUCUGGAAAAAUGUGCGAGGAAAGAAAGUGUUCAGGCACGAUGGACAAAGCCGACCCAACGCGCACGUUACACGCGUCGGUAGGCUCCGUUUCUUUUCCUUCACCAGAUGAAUGCUGCCCAAGGCCGCCCCCUGCGCCUGCAAAAGCUGCUCAGAGCCAUCCAAACAGUUUUGUUUCACCCACAGUAAAGCCCAGAAUAAAGGCAGUGUUUAACUUCAUACGGGAUCUUAAGCUUGAAGCGUUUCUUCUGGUGUACGUGAUGGCCUUCUCGAUGAGGCUCAUUACUACGCAGGACAUAUUGCUCAUAAAGGCAUGCCUUCAGCAGCAGAAUAUCUCCGAUGCUGAGUGUGCGAAGCCGUCUGAAGAUUUAAAAUCCCGGAUUGAACGUGAGGCAAACACGGUCAACCUAUAUACUAUACUCGUUCAACUUGUGCCUUCAGCCAUUCUGUCUAUCUUCGUCGGAACCUGGAGCGACAAAUAUGGCAACAAAAUCCCAAUUCUUGUGGCCGUCGUCGGAGGAAUGGUAUGCGAUGUCUGUAAUAUUCUCGUUGCGAUGUCUCUGUCGAGCUCCUUGUAUUGGUCAGUUUUAGCAGCUUUGUCUAACGGCCUUUCGGGUGGCCUUGUGUGCGUUUGGGCCGCCGUAUAUUCGCACGCGACGAUUUCCACGACUCCGGAAUUAAGGACUCUGAAGUUUCUAAUGAUUGGCCUUGCUAUACAGCUUGGGUUCCCCUUCGGACAGUUUGUCUCCGGUCAGGUAUUUAAAUCCUGGGGCUACGUUCCUGUAUAUAUGUGCUCCUGGACUCUAAUGUUCGCAUGUUUCAUCUGGAUGGUGGUAGUAGUUCGGGGUCAAAGAAAUCCAGACGUCAGUUGGACCCAGAUGGCUGGUGAUUUUUUUAAACUCGACAACUUUAUGGAGGGUGUGAGGACUACAAUGAGACAACGACCGCAUUCGGGAAGACGGCAGAUCCUCUUUAUGCUGAUUACAAUGUGCAUCAUUGUCCUUAAUGCUGAAACUACCCGCUCGGUGACGUACUAUUUCGUGAAGAAACAAUUUGACUGGUCUCUGACCAAAUAUUCAAAUGUGACAUCCUUGUUUGCUCUGACCAACCUUAUCUCGCUUGGACCCAUCGUUCUAAUUCUCACCAAGGGACUUCGAGUACAUGACCUUACUCUGUCAAUCAUAGGAGUCUCUUCCAUGAUGCUGCAGAACUUUACGAGGGGUCUAGCCUUCAGAGAAUGGAUGUAUUAUACAAGUGGAAUCCUGGGUGUUGCCGGCGGAGUAUCAACUAUUGGCAUUACGUCGUACGUUUCGCGGGUAAUAUCUCAAAAAGAGAUUGCUCGAAUGUUCAGCUUCUGGGCCGCUUGUGAAGCAAUGGUACCUGUUCUGGGAGAUGUCAUGUCGUCACAGGUAUUCAACGCCACAAUCGACGUUUUUCCUGGUGCCCCAUUUGUUAUAUCAUCAGUUCUCCUCGUGUUGGCUUUAGGAUCGCUUAUUUACUGUUAUGGGAGAUCUCAAUCCGACCUGUUUGAGCCGUUCGAGAAUGACGGUAUCUCUCAAGCACCUAACCACAACGACGAUGAGCAUUACCAAGGUUCCGAGAUGGUACAUCGUUCGGGUUCGAGUCCAGUUUAAAAUUGCUUAGCCCUAUAGCGCUUUGGAGUGAAACGAACCAACAAAAGGCGUGCAAACCAUGUGUCUGAGGAGGCUGUUACUAUGCUAUGUUAUCAGCGGCGGUGGGGUCCAACCCCAUUUUGAUUCUGCCCGGCACUUGACGACCAUCACACGCCGAUAUGGGUAAAUGAGUGCCGGAAACGUUACAGCGAACGCGGAUUAUGCGAUGGCGGCAUGAACGUAUCGCUAUAUUUAACAUGUUACGUAUUGUACAAAGAUUUCCUCAUACACAUAUACAUUAAUGGGUGCUUGUGUAAAGCCUACACAGUGUUAUAAAUAAGCCAGAAAUAGAAUUAAAACGGUGCAUUUGGGAAGUUAAAGUUUAGCUUGCUCAGGAAAUGCUGUGAUAUCUCGUGCGCGGUAUAAAUUGUACAAUGCAAACGUCCUUAAUAAUGUCACAUUAAUGCCUUGUUGUAGAUAUGAACGGGUAAGGGCGGGGGAAGAAAAGCGGGGGCAUAACCAAACCUCUGAAUUAUAGCUGCGAGAGAAAAACGGCCAUAUCAUUUCGAAAUGAGAAGUUGUUACUUGCAAAGUAUGUUACAGUUUUUGUCGAUUAUCAAAGUAGAUCAACAUAAAGUCCAACCUACAUAUAUAGCGGAAAUCAAGUUGAAUAGUGUUUGUCAUUGAGGGUAACCUGUAUCCACUAUGUGCAUCAUUUUAACUAUGCAUAGGUGGCGUUUUAUUAUAAGGCGUAGUCCUGUCCCUUUGAAUUAAUAAUCGACUAUGUAGUCUAUGAGAAAGUGUAUUUUUACUUAUAAGAGCAUCUCGUAUAAUAUAGCAUCAUUAUUAUAAUACAUAUAACUGCUGAUUCAGAUGAGAACUUCAGAGGAGAAGCAGAGAGAGAGAGAGAGAGAGAGAGAGAGAGAGAGAGAGAGAGAGAGAGAGAGAGAGAGCUUGCCCGAGGAACUCGUCUAAAGGAGAACCAAGUUUCAAUUCAAGAUCAUUUACGCCCAUACUAAAUGUGGCUUUAUUUUCUGCGCUAAGUGAAUUUGUAUCUUAUAUGCCACGUCUCCAUAUCGUAAUUAUUUACCAAACAACGGGUGGUAUUAUUGCUUACUACAUAGUCCUAGAACAGAGGAAGACUCACAAAUACUGUUUCUGUGAGUGCCUUGAGUGCUUCCGUGCUAGUCUGCGAAAACGUGGCCUGUUGUUUUGUCUGCCUUCUCUACUUGUAUCCAGCCGUUGACCCGGCAAUAUUGUGAACUUGAUCGACGUCAAUUGAUGUCUAUAAAAAAAAAAA